AUGCUAGGAAAAUUUGUUAGGAAUUUCUCAUUUUUACCAAGAGAUGUCGUAAUAGUUGGAGCUAAAAGAACAGCCAUCGGGUCAUUCGGGGGCUGCUUUUCUGCAUUCCCAGCUCCAGUUUUAGGCUCCUUUGCAAUAAGAUCUGUCUUUCUAGAGUCAAAAGUAAGUGAAAAAGAAGUCCAAGAAGUAAUAAUGGGACAUGUAUUCCAAGGAGGUGCUGGGCAGUCUUCUACAAGACAAGCUGCAAUAUUAUCAGGGCUUCCCAACACAACUUGUGCUACAGGAGUCAAUAAGCUAUGUGCAUCAGGGCUAAAAGCAGUCACAUUAGCAGUUCAAAACAUCGCACUUGGUCAUAGUGACGUAAUAAUUGCUGGAGGCAUGGAAAGUAUGAGCUCUGUCCCUUAUAUUCUACAAAAAUACAGAACAGGCCACCAAUACAGUGAUAAUUCUAUACAAGACCUAAUGAGUUUAGACGGGCUCAACUGUCCUUAUAAUAAACUUUCUAUGGGUGCAUGUGCUGAAAUAACAGCUGAAAAAUUUGGCAUCACAAGAGAAGAGCAAGACAAAUUUUGUAUCAGGUCUUAUACAAAAGCAAAUAAAGCUUGAAAUAGAGGGUUUUAUAAUAAAGAAAUUGUAAAAGUGGUGGUUGGAGGGAAUAAAGGACAAAAAAUUAUUUCAAAUGACGAAGAAUACACAAAGGUGAAAUAUGAUAAAAUCCCGACCUUGAAACCAGUUUUUAGUGAAAAAGGGACGAUAACUGCUGCAAAUGCUUCGUCUAUUAAUGAUGGGGCAGCUGCUGUGCUACUAAUGAGUAAAGAAAAAGCUGAUAAAUUAGGCUUAAAGCCUUUAGCAAGGAUAUUAAGCUUUGCAGACUCAGAAACAGAACCUCUUCAUUUCAGUAUCGCGCCUGCAGAAGCGAUGCAAAAAUGUUUAACCCGCGCAGGGUUAUCUAAAGAAAGAAUUGAUUUGUUUGAAAUAAAUGAAGCAUUCAGCUCAGUUGUAUUGGCGAACAUAAAGCUUCUUGAUAUUGACUUAGCAAAGGUAAAUAUCAAUGGUGGAGCCGUAGCUUUAGGCCACCCAGUAGGCAUGUCAGGUGCUCGAAUUUUGGGUACUCUUCUUUAUUCUUUACAAGAAAAAGGCAAAACUUUAGGAUUAGCUGGAAUUUGCAACGGAGGUGGCGGAGCCACCUCUAUCUUAAUAGAAUCCCUUUAA